AUGUUGCGUUUCGGACGUCUGGAAUACUUGCCAUUGAAUGUUAUGAAAUUCUUCAUUGCUUUUGCUCUUUUGGCUGUUGCCUCCGCUGAUGUCAGCCACUUGUCCAAGAAAUACUUGCCUCCCGUACACAGUGCUCAAAGCUAUUCUGUACAGAAUACCUACUCAGCACCUGCUGUCCAUCACAGCUUCUCUGCUCCCGCUGUUGAAUCCGUCCACCACUCAGCUCCAGUUGUACACCAAACUUACUCCGCACCCGCUGUACACCAUGUCCAACACCAUCACUCUGCUCCAGCUCCAGUUAACGAAUACUUGCCUCCCGUACAAGAAACCUACUCUGCUCCAGCUGUGCAAGAAACUUACUCCGCCCCAGCUGUUCACCAAACCUACUCAGCUCCCGCUGUUCAAUACUCUGCCCCAGCUGUGCAACAAACUUACUCAGCUCCUGCUGUUCACUACUCCGCCCCAGCUGUCCAAACCACCUACUCUGCUCCCUCAGUAAGCUACUCUGCCCCAGCUGUGCAACACCAUUACUCUGCUCCCGCUGUUCAACAAACUUACUCCGCUCCCGCUGUCCACUACUCAGCCCCAGCUGUCCAACACCAUUACUCUGCCCCAGCUGCUCAACAAACUUACUCAGCUCCCGCUGUCCACUACUCAGCCCCAGCUGUCCAACAAACUUACUCCGCUCCUGCUGUACAACACCAAUUCUCAUCUGGUCCCUCAGUCAGCUUCUCAAGCGGUAGUGCUGGCACUCAAUACGCUUCCAAUGGUGGUUAUGUAUACAAGAAGUAAAUCGUUUGUUAGAUUUUAAGUUUCAUUAAGUGAAUACGCUUUAAAGCAAGAGUCAAUUUUUUCCAUACUUAUUUAAGCAAAUAAUAAAAUAAUUUAAAAAAACAUAAUUCAAAA